CACAGAAUGGACUUCUGGAAUCUGGCAAUCAAAAUAUUGUUCUUAUCACAAACUACAACUGGAAUUCUAGGAAAUUUCUCUCUUCUUCUCUACUAUGUAAUCUAUUAUGUAGAACAUACAUUAAAGCCAACAGACUUGAUUCUCAUGCACCUAAUGGCAGCCAAUGCCUUGCUGGUUCUCUCUGCAGGAGUGCCUCAAACAAUGGUAGCUUUUGACUUGACACAGUUGUUAAAUGAUUUAGGAUGCAGACUAAUUUUGUAUAUUCAAAGAGUUGGCCGGAGUAUAUCCAUUGGCACUACCUGUCUCUUGAGUGUCUUCCAGGCCAUCACCAUCAGUCACAGGGAAUCUUGUUAUAAGGGUCAAAAAGUCAAAGCUGCAAAGUACAUUGGCUGCUACACUUCCCUUCUCUGGGUCUUGCACAUGUUUAUAAAUUUCAUUUUCUUUGUGGACAUAUUUAUCAAAGGGAACAGAAAAAACAUGACAAGAAAUCGAGAUUUUGAGUACUGCUCCAUUGUAGGGAAAAACAAAUUCAGUGACUCACUCUAUGCAGCAUUGGUGGUGUGUCCUGAAGUCUUGUCUUCUGUGCUCAUCACCUGGUCCAGUGGCUCCAUGAUUGUGGUUCUGUACAGACACAAGCAGAGAGUUCAACACAUCCGCAGCUUUCAUGUUUCCAGCAGGAACUCCCCUGAGUCCAGAGCUACCCAGAACAUUCUGGUGCUCAUGUCUACCUUUCUGGCCUUUUAUACUCUUUCUUCCAUUUUACAAGGCUGCAUUGCUCUUCUGCAUAAUCGCAAUUGGUGGCUGGUGACCAUCACUCGCCUCACUUCUCUGUGUUUCCCCACCUCUGCACCCUUUGUUCUGAUGAGCCAUUACUCCUUUAUGCCUAGACGCAGUUUAGUCUGGAUAAGGAAUGAAACAUCUUAA